AUGCAUAUUUCUUUUAAGAAUUUUUUUAAUGGAAAAACAAUGGUGAAGCUAGAGGUCGAUAGCUCCAAAUCCGUCGACUUCAAAAUCGACGUAGACCCAACCACGCAGAUUUCUAAAAAAACUGUGGAUGGAAGGAUGACUAUAAACCUAGAGGUGGAUAGCUCCAAAAACAUCGACCUCAGGAUCGGUGAAGUAAUGGAUAUUUUUGUUAAGUCUUUGAAUGGGAAGACCCAUACCUUAACUGUAGCCAGCUUCGACACCAUCGAAUACGUCAAGGCCAUGAUCCAGGAUAUAGAGAAGAUCCCGCCCAAUGAGCAGAGGCUGGUCUGUGGCGGCAAGCAGCUCCAAGACGGUCACACCUUAGCGGACUACAAUAUCACGGAGUAUUCGACCCUUCACUUGAUGCUGCGUCUGAGGUAG